AUGAACGGCCAUCAUUGGCAGCAGCAAGCUGGUCACGACGCCCGCAGCCAGCUCUCGCCUGAUCCUGUGGCACAUGGCCAUGCUCCCAACUCGACCUACGAAGCUCACAGGCUCUUUGCCGCGUACCCAACGGCUUCUGCGACGCCUUCGACACACGUGGCAAGACACAUGAAUCAUUUAUCUGUGUCCGCAUCCAACCCCACCUACUUGCAACGGACCUAUCUCGAAUAUAACACUGGGUCUCAAUACCAGUCAGCUCCAGCGCCUUCCCCGCUCUCAGAAUACUCUCAUGAGCUCUCCUACCUUUCAACUACUUCAAUGCCCACAGGUGAUUCGCGUUACUGGCACAAUACAAGGGAUGACUCCGUGAGGCUACUGUCACAAGGCGGCUCAUUCGCUUCUUCUCAGUUUGCAUCCCCAUGGCUACAAUCUCAGCCUCAGUCAACGUAUCAUCCUCUUCCGUUUGCUCAGUCGUUGAUUCAACGCAUGAACCCUCCUGCCGCAUACCCUACCCCACCUCCGCCUGGCAUUCGAAGCACGUCAUCUUCUCUUGCAUUCGCAUUAGGACAUCCACUAACGUAUCCUAACCAACCUAAACCACCCAAUGAACCCGUUCAUCGGCGUAAAGAGCCUGUUGCAGCAUUUAACAAUUUCAUUGCUCAGAAGAAUCGAGACAUCGAGACGAAACCAGCUGAACGUGACAUCAAAGGAGACGAACCACAAAACUCCAUCCAACCUCCAUCUCAGCCUGUGGCCCCUCAGUCUGUGCAAUCCAACUCCCAUUUAAUCGCACAGUCAGCCCUUCGAUUCCCGCCAAUUCACGUUCCCCCGACCACCCCUGCAUCCACACAGCUAACCCCGCGCUCUACUGCUCACCUUCCUCGCCUUCCCAUUCCGCUGGCACCCGCAGAAAACAGCGUGACUCCCCAGAAGCGAAAAUAUGCUGGUGAAGAUAAAGGUUCUCCGCUGAAGCGCGUACACACUGUACCGUCGGAACGUCAGGAAGAGUUGAACAUUCAGUUUCACUCUUUACAAACUAGUACACCCUCAUCGAGAACUACACCGCGUCGGGUAAUGGCGUAUGUAGAAGUACCUCCUUUACCAAGCGCAUGGAGGACCCCUUCCAAGAAGCGGCCUCUGCCAACGUCCAUAUCAACCCCUGCAGAUAAUUCUGAUGCAUCGGGAUCUGAAGAGGAUGAUGCCCGAUACAAGUUUGGUAUCCACGCUAGUGCGAAGUUGUCUGCGCGCCGUACAGGUGAUAGAGAUGAACGAGCACCUCUCGAAAAACUCUCCGCGCUUAUUGAGGACAUAUUCGAAGCUGAAGACUCGCUCGCCGUUGACAUCGAUGUGUCGGACCUUCCGAAAGACUUUUUUUCUGCACUCACCAUAGAUUGCUCCCAACCUCACUUGCAAGCUAAUGUGAUCAAGAAACUGACGAAACAUCUCAGUCAGCUCGCUCGACCUACAAAACGAUCUAGACGGUCUGCCCGCGAUAGCAUAGACACCCCGAGAGCGAGGAAGGCGCUAGGCGACAUUGACAACACUAUCCUUGCAAGACUGCUAAAAAUUCUGGAACGCAGCAUCAAAGCUGGGGAAGCUCUUGAUCCCUUGCGUGCCUCUGCACAUGUCCCUCAUGCAGAUAAAAACGUAUCGCCACGAAAACCGAAGAAAAGUCCAAGAGCGCAAAGAGUGGUCCACCAAGAUCGGGAUGCCACAAGUUCUGCAUCACUGAACGUUCCAGAGGAAGAUACCCAUGAGUUAGAGGUAGACAGUGCUGACAUGCUUCGAGAGCUGACAGAAGCGCAUCUCCACGAUUUGUCAAAACAGCUAGAAGUUGCGCGGGAUAGUAUCUUCGCCGUGGAAUGUUGUGUUGCGUUAUUAAGCGGAGAAGGCCUGACUAAACAGCUUUACUCCGAGGAGCUCAUAACUGCUUGUCUGAGUACAGUCAAGAACCAGCUAACGAUGAUUCUAUUCCCAUUUGUCGAGGCUGCAGGCGUCGGUGGAUCCUCAUCACCACAACUCCAAUGCAUUCACAGCAACACUCACAUACACUCUGGUGAUCUUCGAAGGCUGCUUAGCGAACUUUUCCAGGCGGUCUCGGCUGUACUUCCGCGCAUCAACGUGUUGUUCUCUGGUGAAAACAUUGUGAUGUCAGACGCAAUCAUCAUUCAGACUGUGUAUAUCGCAAUCGGGCCGUUCUUUGUAGUGGAAUCGGGGGAAGGGGAUGUCAAGAGCAAGAAAGAUAAUGUUGUGUUGAAUACACUCGGCAAUAGCGCUAUGAGAGGUCUUCGGUUGGACGCACUCUCAGUCAUUCGAAGUAUCUUUGCCAAUCACGAGGAACAGCGAUCAUGGAUCAUAGAAGAAAUUCUGUCGUCACUCAUCAAGCUCUCUAACAGUCAUAAGAAGGCUGGGCAGUUCCGCUUACGCGAUGGUCGUUCCAUACGAACAGUCUCUGCACUUCUGUUCCAGCUCGUACAAACGUCUGCCCAUGAUGUCCGUGUUGCAGCGCGCAAGAUUGCCAAACGUCGCCAGAGUCGCCAAGCUCUUCGUCGACAGGACAGCGUGACCAAUGAGAGGUCGGCUGAACCUUUGAUGGACGAAUUAGACGCGGAGGAGAUACAGCUUUAUAUCACGGGGUUAGAGUCCGCAAUGAAUGCUGCAAAGACAAUAGUCGUGUAUUUGACACAGAGAUCUGGAAAGGGGAAGUUGACCAAGAAUUCCAACGAAGCCGAAUACCGAACCAUUUUUGACAACCUUAUUUCCGACCUUCUUGUUGUCCUGUAUUGGCCAGAAUGGCCAGCUGCAAGUUUCUUACUCAGCAUUAUUUGUAAAUUCAUGGUUUCUUCUCUAGACGACGUGAAAACGAGCACUCAAACGGACACAAAUGCCGCAAAAAGCAUUGCGCUCGAUCACCUCGGUGUCAUUGCCGCACGGAUACGCUCAAGCUCUUUGAAGGUAAAAGUACACGACCAUGACAAGCACGGUCUCCACUCUCUCGAUGAGGUCAUUUCUUCCGGCAAUGUCAAACACUUGGACAUGCUCAUAUCUCGACACCAGUCAAUAUUUUCGCAUCUUUAUAAAAGAGCUUCUGAAGAUCAGGCGUAUGAUAGUGCCAAUGAUCUGACGGCGGCUACUUGGGGUCAAGAAAUAGCAGUUGCUCUCAAACAACUUAGCAGUUUAGCACAGGAGGAGGGCGAGAGUCUACAGUCCAAGCUUUACGCCAAACUGAAGUCCGCCCUCAGGGAGGUUUGGAAGGAUAUGUCAAAUGAUGUUUUUGAUGUCGGCUCGCAGGAGGAAGCGAAUAAGGUUGAUCGUUACGCUGAAGAGAUUGGGACUAUUCAGACACUAAGAAAUUCCUUCGGGCCAAUUCUUAAUGUCGUCCUGCUUGCACUUGAUGCGCCCGCUGUUUUCAUGCGUACAAAAGCAUUACGAGCACUCGGGCAAAUUGUAAACAGUGACUCCAGCAUAUUAACAGCACCAAAUGUCCGUCGGGCGAUCGAAAGUCAUUUGCUUGAUAGUUCCCCAGCUGUGCGUGACGCCGCUGUAGAACUAAUUGGGAAGUAUAUGAUAGAGUCGCCGGAGGUUGUUGGGGACUACUACACGAAAAUUGCCGACCGUAUCGCAGAUACGGGACUUGGAGUUCGGAAACGUGUGAUCAAACUCCUCAAACAAUGUUACGCCAGCACAGAGGAUCUUUAUCGACGCAUAGAUAUCGCGACGAAGUUAGUCCUCCGCAUGCUGGAUGAGGAUGAUACAGUGAAGGAUUUGGCGAUCAAGACGGUUGAGGAAUUAUGGUUCCAGGCUGCAUCACAGAGUGGAGUCCCUAAAACCCGGUCAGUGCCGUCAUCUGGUCCCGGCCAGGACAAGGGGCCACUUCUCUCCAAGGUUUCGGUCAUCAUGGGCGUAUCAGCCAACUUUAAAGAUCGGCAAUCACCACUGGAAGAUAUGCUACAUAAAGUAAUAUCCAGCCAAGAAGUUGCUAGCGCAUCGUAUUUGCGAGGAAAUUACUCUGAAAUUUGUGAAGUCCUCAUUGAUGGACUGGUAGAUGCCUCGGACUUGCCGGGAUUCACCGUGCACAACUGUGUCAGGACUAUAUAUCUAUUCACUACAGCAUACCCCUCUGUCCUCUCAGGAGCAAAUGCGUCUACUUUGCUCCCGUAUCUUAAGAACCCUUCCUCGUCCGAAGAGCUUGCUGUUUCCGACUAUUUGCUCAAGAUUUUCCGUAUAUCAAUACCCCACAUGCCUAAGACUGCAGUAAAGUUUGGUCAGGAACUACAGCUUGUGUUGCAGCCGAUGAUUGUUAAACCAUCCCACAUCGGCGGAGUCGUGAGCCUGCAAGAAAGUGUAGCUUGCAUGUGCGGAGCAGUGCAACAUCUUACGCACGAUUUUAACCGUCUGGUUGCUCUAGUCAAGUCUUGCAAUGCUCGAUUGCAACAGGCCAUCGCUCGCCCAUCCUCUUACCAAAUGACAGCGGUUGAAAAUAGGACAUUAUCCAUUCUCAUAUUUAUUGUCGCUUUACUCGGUGAACAUUGCGACUUUGACCGCCUCCGCGAUGACCAUCCAGGUAAAGCUGCCGCAAAUGUCCACACUUUCAGUAGUUUAACAUUAAUUCAAGAUUUCGUUUCAGAUUUGAACUCUCUGUCUCCCGGACCCAUCGUGGAGCACAUCUACAGGAGUUUACUGGAGUUAUACGAGAAGUACAACGACGUUGGUCUAAAGGGACGUAUCCUUCAGUGUCUCGGCUUCUUGUUCCGUGCACAACCGACAUUAAUGACGCUGGGGCGGUCCGCUUCCAUCAUGGAUGACAUUUUUCAUUCCUCUGAUCUUGAAAGCCGCGGGCGACUUUUACGCAUCAUGCACGACUUCUUAGUGUCCGAAUCUAUGAAGCACCACGAGGAGCAGAAAGGAGGCACCAAAGGCAAGCAAGGCGGGGUAGUGGAUAUGGCAGAAUUGGUAGGGAACACAGAUGGUUUUGCUGACUCCGGUGUCAGCUCAGCCGUUGUUCAACGAUACAUAUCUUCAAUCUUGGAUGCGGCCCUGUCUCAAAAUUCUCAGAUCCAGAAUGUUGCCGUUGACAUUCUCAGCUUCACCAUCAAACAGGGUCUCGCCCAUCCGUUGCAAUCCUUCCCUGUCAUUGUUGCAUUGGAAACUAGCCCAAAUGCUGCCAUCAGCUCACGGGCCAAUGCCCUCCACGCAAUACUCUGGAGUAAACACGCGUCUUUGUUGAAUGCUCGAUAUAUCAUUAGUGCAAGACAGUCAUUCGACUACCAGAAAAAUAUCUCCACAGAUGCCGUCAAAGGUUACCGAACGCAAGCAGAACCAACGGCACUGCUUCAGAGGUGGUAUUCUCUCGUGCGGGAGAAAAGAACCUCUCGUCAAGACUUCCUAAGGGCUCUCCUAAAAUCUUUUGAUAUCAACCCUUCUUUGAAAUCAUCACAGGAUGAUGUUGACUUCGCAAGAUACAUGGCAGAGAAUUUUGCCUCACUCGAAUACAGAACACAAGAGGAAGUCAUUACUGUUAUUAAACACUUGACUUCCGUAUUAUCAACCGCUGGCAUGCAAGUGAUCGACCUUCUCUCGCCUUCUCACCUCCUAGCACAGCUGCACGAUACUCGACCCCUCUAUAGUGCACCUCACCAGCCACCGCUGUCUGACUCCCCUACGCAUUCAAUUGUUCAGGAAACUCCAGAUGCUCCAUCUUCCUCUGCCCCACCUGAAGUGUCCCACAUCGAUGUUGGUGUCAUGAGAAGCUCAAUAACCAUUGGGAUUGUCAUGCUUCUUAAAGCCCAUCUUAAAUCUCUUUACGCGCUUUCAGAAGAGAAAUGUUCUAAAUUUGUGCUUGGCAAGAAGAGUGCUAUCGGUGACAAACCUGCUAUCAGACGUCAUCAACUUCCAAUUACGUGGACCCGCCUCCCUUAUGCCACUACUUCUCUCGCUCAGGAGCACGACCUGACGGCUCACAGGCUGACGUUCAUUGAAGUUUGGAAUGAGGAUGGUGUCACUGCGGAACCUGAAGAUGACGAUGCAUAG